UACCGAAUAGAAGGAGCGCGUCCACGAGUAAACUUCACAGAGGGUUAUUCCACAGAUAAUACAGCAUCGUCCUCCUCCUCCUCCUCGUGUUUUUUAGAGCCACGGACUCCAGGCCCCACAAGGUCAGGAGAGGUGCAAGGAGACAGAGCAAGGGACGACCCGCAUCACAGCAGGGACAACCGUUAUUUCACUGCCCCAGGGGAACGGAGACAGCAACCGCCACGGACAGCACGACGGAACGGGCACAAACAGCGUUAGUAUAUAAUAUUUCUAACUGUAUAUUAUCUACCCAACAAAUGUCUGUCUUACAAAAAGGCCUCUCUUUUUGCCCCACCUUUACAUGUGAUACCUUUAAUCUGGACAUUGAUCUACAAAGGUUUUUCCGGAAUUUAAGGUUAAAGAGUUACUUUUCCAAAAUGCCUGUUGCUAUACAACCAGGUACCCAUAGUAACGCCGGACUUGGCCAUUCGCAGCUGUCGCUCAAGUCAUCCGGCUUACGUAAUAAAAGUACCUUUAUUCCUCCAACAUCCGAUAAUGUAAUAGAAGCAUAUGUAAAACUUGUCUCCAGUGAUGUUGAAAAGCUAAAACGUAAAGUUAUACGUAACCCUAUGUUAGGUCACAAAUCUAACUUGAAUUACCAAGAAAGGGCGUGUCUUACAGAGCUGAUGAAUAAUCAGGACAUUGUCAUAAAACCAGCAGAUAAGGGGGGUGCCCUGGUAGUUAUGAAUAAACAAUACUACAGAGAAGAGAUUUAUGCCCAAUUGUCUCAGGCAGAUGUGUACACAAAGGUAAAUUCAAGUCCCCUUUCCUCUAUCCAACAGUGUAUAAUGACCAAAGUAUACGAAGCGUUUGAUAAUGGCAUUAUCGAUGAGGAUCUUAAAGGUUACUUGAUAAAGGAUAAUCCAAUAACACCAGUGUUGUACACUCUACCAAAGAUUCAUAAGAAUUUGGAGAAACCCCCGGGUCGCCCAAUAGUUGCUGGAACUGACUCUGUAUUAAGCCCUAUUGCCAUUUACCUUGAUACUAUGUUGCAACCUCUGGUGAAAAACACCAAAUCUUUUGUUAAGGAUACAACACAUUUACUUAACAAACUCAGUAACAUAGUCCUCCCAGAUCAUGAAAUACUUUUGGUUAGUUUCGAUGUGGCCAGCCUUUAUACAUCUAUUUCGCAUGAGUCAGGUGUUAAUGCCAUUCGUCACCAUUUGGAUACUACCGAAUUUUCCGCUUUACAAAAAUUAUUUCUUUUGGAUUUACUAGAAAUUGUACUUCACCAGAAUUACUUCCUCUUUGAGGAUUCCUUUUAUAUACAACAACGCGGCACUGCCAUGGGCAGUAAUGUCGCUCCUACUUAUGCGAAUUUGUAUAUGGCCCACCUAGAGGAGACUAAGGUAUACACACACCCAUUGUACCUACAGCAUUGUAUGUUAUACUUACGCUAUAUAGAUGACCUUUUGGUCAUUUGGGAUGGUACACUUGGAAGUUUACGUGAAUUUUAUACAUUUCUAAACAAUAUGGAAGUAACAUUAGAAUUCACAAGUGUUGUUGAUAAAAUGUCUCUCAGCUUUUUGGAUGUCCAAAUUACCAGAAAUGGCCCUGUGUUAGAUACAAAUCUGUUCAGGAAAGAAACAGAUAGAAAUAACCUCCUACAUUACAGCAGUUUCCAUCCUGACUCACUCAAGGCCUCUUUACCCUUAACUCAAUAUAUGAGAUUGAAACGGAUUGUGAGCAAGGAGGCUGAUUACAAAAGAGGUGAGAAUGAGAUGACAGAUCGAUUCAAACAAAGGGACUAUCCAGAAGAAGUGUUGAGGUCUAACCUGGACAAAAUACAAAACAAAAGCAGGGAGGAACUACUGACUCCUGUUAAAAGGGAUAAUAGGCAGAAUGAAAGAUUGGCCUUUGUCAGUAAUUAUUCCACCGCCAGCAGACAAGUGGGCAAUAUCAUUCGCAAACACUGGCACUUACUGCAGUCAUGCCAUCCAAACAUUGCAGCUUUUCAAGAUCAGCCACUAUUAUCAUACAAACGUGGGAAAAGCUUGAAAGACCAAUUGGUUAGGGCAGAUAUUGGAAGCGCAAAGGGCCAUAAACAACGGUUCUUACAAAAUCCAAAAUUCGGCACAUUUCCCUGUUUACACUGUGUUCAAUGUAAUUCUAUUAUAAAGGGCAACUCAUUUUUCCAUCCCCACUCAGGUAAAAAAUAUUCGAUAAAGAACUAUUACACUUGUGAAUCAACAUACGUGAUUUAUUUGUUAAAAUGCCCGUGUGGCCUACUUUAUAUAGGCGAAACCACACAAAAAAUUCGUGACCGUAUUUGUAAGCACAAAUCCACUAUUCGCAGAGAAAUCACGGCACUACCAGUCCCGGCACACUUUCAUGCAGCCAGGCACUCUGUAAGCCAACUUAAAUUUCAGAUCAUUGACUCUGUGGACGAACCAAGAAGGGGUGGUGAUAGACUCAUGAUGCUUAAAAAGCUUGAAAUGCAAUGGAUCCACAAGUUGGACACUAUAUGGCCCAGGGGUCUGAACAGGGAAUAUACACCUGCUAUGUUUAUGUUUCGGUAGGUGACUUAGUCCUCUACAUACAGUAUGAUAUGGUGUAGAAUUAUGAAUCAUGUAUAGACAUAUAUGUAUACUUAAUUUUUUCUUUUUCCUUCUUUUUAAGGUUACUAGUAUUAAACACACUGAGUGCUGACAUCAUUACCAACAUACUAUCAUGUGUCUCAGGAAGGUGCUGAGUGCAGUAUGUGGAAUGGGUCACUCUGGCGUCUCAGCCUAACCUAAGUGGAGAGUUGGAGAAGUUACUUAUCAAACUGCUACCCAGAAGGCCAAACAAUAUUGGGAAGCAGCCUUGUCAGACCAAAAUUUCAGACAGAAUAGUGCCAAGCACCACAAUGCAUCCCACCUUAAAAGGAUUUGAAAUAUGAUACAAACAUACAAGACACUGAUGAUGUGUUCAUUCAAGACCUGCAUCUACAUUCGUCCAUGAAACAAUCUCUACUACAUUAAUACAGCAUUUUAACUGCUGUUAUCAAGAAGACAUUUACUUGUGGCUCAUAAUAUGUACUUUGGGACAACAUCCGAAUCUAUUGAAUAGG